AUUUCUGAUUAAAAUGAGACCUCUCCGAGCUCUACACGAUCUUUCUUUGCAAAGUUAUAGAGUUUGCAAGAAAAGCCCUUAAAUUUUCAUUAAGGGUCUCAAACUUAACUCAAAGCUACAGAAAUAAAAAGAAAUUAAUUUAGGGCUUUUGUUGUAAAUUAUAUAACUUUGCAAAGAAAGAUCGUGUAGAGCUCGGAGAGGUCUCAUUUUAAUCAGAAAUCUGCGGGCUACAAUCCUGCCUCAUGAACAGGCUUUGGUUAUUUUUUAGGAGUUUCAGAAAUUCGGUCUCUUAAGACCUAUCGGCCAAAAUGAUUGUUAUAUUAGGAAUCAGUACUCUUGAUUAUCUCUGACCCACAAGGUUUUAGCCCGAAAGCGAUUUGCAACCUGGGGAGAUUCCCUCGUGAAUUGAGUACACCACUAGAUGUAGUUUUCUUAGCACUUAAUCUGAUAGAGAAAAUCUUUUAAACGGUGUUUUUCACGUACUGAUGUUUCUUGUAAGAUAUAAUGACAUCGUUGCAUAGUUCGGAUUUGGAGACUCUCAGUAUAACUGUUGUAACUUUUAAUAAAAGCAUCAUUUGGAACUGGAAAACAUCUCAUUUUAACUAGAAAUAUUUAUUCUACAAACUAAUACCAAUUGAAUCUUUUUCGAUUUCAUUAUUUUGUUGAAAUGGCAAAAUUUCAGAAAAUUACUUAGGUAUCUUACAACAACUUCUUGGAAACCUCUUACAAACAUCAAAAAGAAUAUGAGUUCUUAUAUCAGAUGUCGUGGACUAUCGAACCAUAGGCUUAGCUCAACAUCGAUCUUAUACGGACAAAUCUGUAUUUCUAACAGGGAAGAUCUUAAAUGAGGAGAGAUCUAAAUUUGUUUGCUGUAUAAUACAUUGUUUCAAAACUGCUUUGUGUAUAUAUAAUUGUAGACAAGUCGCGAUAGUCGUACUCCCGUAUGUAAAGAAUGUAUUCCGUGUAAACCGUCACCAUCAGUCGCAUUAAAUAGAACACCGUCAAGUAGAUUAUUUAAAUCAGCCUCAAUGGAUUGGACAAAUAACGACAGAAUAGAAACAUGGUUUGAAAAAGCAAAAACACCAGAUCAGCGUGUCGUUUAUAAGUUUUUGGAAAACAUCAAUAAAAACAAGCAAUUUGAUAAGACAAUUGAUUCAUCAAAUCGAAAAUCAUUAGAUGAUAUCUUAGAAAAUCUAGAAAAAUUUAGAGCAAAAUUUGGUAGUAAUCAUACAGGGAAAAAUGAUCGAUAUACACGUGUAUUUGAGUCGAAGAGUUGGCGUGUUAUGCGUCAUCAAUAUGGGCCGCAUCAAUUUAAUCGUAAUAAUUCGAUUGGUAGCGAUGAUGCUUCAAAAGAUAUACGAAUAGGUUCAGUAUUUACUACCACACGGAGAAAAAAUGAUUCUACAUUUCUACUUUAUCCCGGAUGGGUUUAA